AUGGAAGCUGGAGCUUCUCAUCUCUUUCUGGGCCGGGUUCGUGAUCUCAGUGUGAGGUGGUACAUAUGGGAAGAAUUACGCUCACCUGCCCCCAAAGUUGCUUGGCAUCACAUGGUAUGGUUCUCUGGACGAAUCCCCAAGCACACCAUUAUUGUAUGGAUGGCCAUAUUAAACAGGUUGCCUACUCGGGUUAGACUCCUGCGUAUGGGCCUCGCUAUUGAAUCUGAUAGCUGUUUAUUUUGUGGCAAUAAGGCAGAGACAAGAGACCAUCUCUUCUUUGAAUGCCAUUUUGCCAAGGAUCUUUGGAGCUCUAUUCUGGAUCUUUGUUGCAUCCCUCGUGUAGCUUGUAGCUGGGAGGGAGAACUGGCUUGGGCUUCUUUGUUGCUCAAGGGCAAUUCUCUCAUCGUUAAAAUACUUAAACUUGCUUGGACUGGUCAUGUGUACAGUGUUUGGAAGGAAAGAAAUAGCAGGUUGUUUGGGAAUAGAGCCAGAUCAAAGGAAGAGCUGUUGGGAGAUAUCAAGGAGGCAAUCCAAUUACUGUUGGGAGGUAAAUCCUUCAACACAGCUGGUUCAUCUAAUAUUGCCCUGUCUGCAAAGUGGGGCAUUGCUUGA